AUGGCUCCACCGCAAGAGAAUAUGGCCGCCGUGUGUUACGGUCAGGACGAUCUACGCUUGGUGUCGAUCCCGAUACCCGAACCAGCCUUCAACGAGGUGGUGCUGGAGGUGGACAGCUGUGGCAUUUGCGGUACGGACAUCCACUUCCUGAAGGAAGGCGGUUUCGGUGAUCAAAAGCUUAUUCGUCCGUUGGUGCUCGGUCACGAGUCGGCCGGUGUCGUGCGCAAGGUGGGCAGCUCAGUCACGCACCUGAAGGUGGGCGAUCGGGUCGCGAUCGAACCGGCAGCCGGUUGCCGCACGUGUGAUCUGUGCAAAGUGGGCAAGUACAACAUCUGCCUGAAUGGGAAACACUGUCCGACGAAGAACCAUGACGGCAACUGCUCGAACUUAUUCGCGCACUACGCUGACUGUUGCUUCAAGCUGCCGGACCACAUUACGAUGGAGGAAGGCGCAUUGCUGGAACCGUUAGCCGUCGGAGUGUAUGCCGGACGGCGGGCGGACAUUCGAUUGGGAAGCAAAGUCAUCAUUUUCGGUGCCGGUCCGAUCGGACUGAUUUCACUGAUCGUGGCGAAAGCGAUGGGGGCGACCAGAACGGUGGUGUUGGAUCUGGCAAAGGCCAGCAACCGGUUGGCAGUAGCGAAAAAGCUCGGUGCUACGGAAGUAAUACCGAUUGGUGCAGCCGAUAAGGAGGAGGACAUCGUGAAAAAGAUACAAGGAGUGUUGGGCGGUCCGGCUGACCGUGUGUUGGAGUGUACCGGCUCGCAGCCGGGAAUGCGCAUAUCCAUCAAGGCGACGCGUAAUGCCGGCAUCGUGUGUUUGGUCGGAUUGGGCAAGGAGGAAGUGCAACUACCGAUCGUGGAUGCAAUUUCUCGCGAAAUUCAAAUCAUUACUGUCAUGCGUUACAACCACGACUAUCCGGCCGCAUUGGAAAUCGUAUCCAGUGGGUACGUCGAUGUGAAGCCACUGGUGUCACAUCAUUUUGCCCUGAAGGACGUGAACGAGGCGUUCCGGGUGGCUGCAUCGGGCGAAGGGUUGAAGGUGAUGGUGCAUCUUACUCCACGAGACACCAACAACCCGUCGAAAUUUGUCAACUGA